AACUACAUCAAUUCAUGUCGGAAAGAGGACUACAAAAUGCUGCUUUACUUUUAUCUUCCUGUCCUGGUGCUCUCGGCUGCAGUCGGUGCAUGUCCAACUGAAGAAGAACCACCUUGCAGUUGCGUGCCUAUAGGCUUUCACGCUAGUACCGUGACCUGUCUGGGUGUCAACAAUGAACUGGACUUGAAGAAAUCUCUUGUCCCCAUGCGGUCAGCACUGCCCAUUCGGCAGAUGGAGAUAUUUGAAUCUAGGUUCAAUUUUAUUCCGAGCGAUGCGUUCAAAGGAUUGAAAAUUCCGACGCUCUUCAUUGCUGCUUGCACUUUGAGCUCCCUGUCUGAUUCCGACGUUGCUUUCGAAGGCCUGGAGGACUCCCUGGAAAUCCUGAAAGUGCACGAGACCAUGCUGCUGAAUGGUUGGGAGUGGGCCCAGCUCAGGAACCUCAGGUCCCUGAGAGAGAUCCAGGCCGUCAAGUCCGGCCCGCUGACCGUGGACGAGGACAUCCGGGACAUCGCCCACCUCAACAUCGAGAAGCUGUCGCUGGUCCAGAGCGAACUGUCCCACAUCGAUGACACGGCUUUCUCCACCUUCCACAACCUGAUCGUGCUCUCUCUGAAAGACAACGCCAUAUCGGAGCUGAGGCGAAGCAUGUUUCCCAGGCCAGCAACCAAACUGGAAAUGCUUCUACUCAGUAGUAACAAGAUUGAAAGCAUCCCGGACGAUCUCUUCAGUGAAAUGCCAGCUUUGAAGACCAUCAUACUGAGAGGAAACCAAAUUACGACGCUAAGCCAAGAAGCAUUCAGACCCGUUUGGUCAAAUCUAAAGACAUUUGAUUUUCUUGAAACUCCUCUAAGAUGCGACUGCCGGAUAUCGUGGAUACUGAAGGAAAAGAAAUUCCCAUUGAACACAAGAGGAACUUGUGCAGAGCCGGACAGCUUGAAGGGCAAAAAACUAGUAGACUUGAAAACGGCUAAUUUGGUUUGCUAAAAAGAAGAUUUUUUACUAAUAAAGUA